CAGGGUCCGUCCAGUCAGCAUCUGCAGUGUCACUACGCCCUCCCUCUUACGCAAUCAGCAAUGGCCACAUCAUCAGCCAGCAACCCGAGGGUUGGAGUUGCAGCUGUUAUCCAAGGCCCAGAUGGCAAGGUCGUCUUUGGGCGUCGGAAGUCGAGCCAUGGAGCAGGACAAUGGGCCUUCCCAGGCGGACACCUCGAGUACGGCGAGGACUUCAAGCAGUGUGCUGAGCGAGAAACACUCGAGGAGACCGGGCUGAGAGUCAAGGGCCGCAAGGUUGCUCAUGUCACUAAUGACGUCUUCUCGGAUCUUGGCAAGCAUUACAUCACAAUCUUUGUGAUUUGCGAGAUGCUCGACAAGGGAGCACAGCCCGAGCUGCUUGAACCUGAGAAAUGCGAGUCUUGGGUGUGGAAGACCUUUGAUGAGAUCAGGGAGGCGAGAUCAGACGAGCUGUUCCUGCCCAUUCAAAACCUGUUGAAAGAAUUGCCGAGCUUUGACAGCUUCCUUGACUUGGAUGCCUGAACUAGAAUUGUAGAAUUAACUACAGGUCGGCUUCAACCAUAUUAUAUUUUUUAUUCAACUAUUUAUCUAUUCAUUAUCUUCUCAA